AGCCACUAUUGGGUUGUAUAUCUUCGUGUGUUGUACAGAAGCAGUUCGUCCGCUGAACUCAAUACUACUUCAGGAGACCUAAAACAGCUCGCUGCUCUUCUUCAGAAACCUCAGUAUCUGAUUGUGAUGCAGCCAGAAAGUAGCUCAGCAGGAAAUCUGCGUCCUCACUUUCUCGUCCUCGUUCAUGCACUUGGGGAGGAGUUCAUGGUUACUGGGUACAGCUGACAAACACCUACCAACACAUAUGAACAGGCACAGGGAGAAGAUGAUCUGCAGCAUCCUGCUGCUCAUCAGCCUGACCUCCUGUAUCUCUGGAACAUUUGUAGUGAAUGUGACACAGACCUCCUAUGAAGCAGAGGAGAACCACAACGUCACACUGGAGUGGACGUUCACAGCCAAAACUGACAGGCCCAUCAACUCUUUUAUAAUCUUCUGUGAACUGUUUACCAAUCUCAAAGUCUCCGUCCUGUUUCUACUACAUGAAGGUGUCGAGGUCCCAGAGUCUCAGGAUGAACAGUUUGCAGGACGAGUCCAGUGGGACAAAGACGUCCUCAGAGGAGGACGACUCAGACUCCACGUGUCCAGGCUCAGGCCUGAGGACUCGGGCCGUUACGUGUGUCAAGUGAUCACAAAUUAUGUUGCCACCUUCUUUAAAUGCCGCCUCAAUGUCACUGCAGCGAGGGAUCGGCCCGAACCUGAUCUGUCUCCAACAGCAAGUCGACUACAGCCAGAGAGUUGGGGAAGGAUCAAUAUCUGGAGUGGACUGAUACUGACAGCAGGAUUAGCUAGUGUGUUGCUCGCUUUUUACUUGUUAUUUCUUCACUCUCCGCUUAAAAAGCUAAUUUCCUUCAUUUACUCUCCGACUUGCAAACAAGAGUCCAGUCCAGUUUGAUAGUGUCACAUUUUAUACCAUUUAGACACAGAAAAAACUAGUUUCUCAUUGGCUGGCAGUUUUAAAAAAACCUGUGUAUGUAACUAUCCCACAAUGCAAUGUGGUGGUAACGACAACGUUCAUAACAGACAAACGGACAGAAACCAAGGAGCUCUGUAACGUCAAUAACGCUGUAAUUUACAUUUCUACUUAUUUAAACGACUGUUGGUCUAGUUAUUCCCCUUUCAGUAAUUUAAGAAUUAUCUAGCGAUGCCGCUAGAGCGGAGAUCGGCAGGGGUUCCCAUGGUUAAGCAUCUCCAACGGCAAGGAGGCUCCCAGGAGGAAGUGACGUUGAAAAUUACAGCUUAGUGCAUCCAAAAAGAUCCACACUACUGUUUAUUUACACCAAAGUAUAUUGAACGAUGGUAUAUAUGUUGAGUAUGUAGUGCAGGGUAUGCGAUAUUGUACAGAACCUCAUAGUACUCAAGGGAUAGACAAACAUAAUAUGGAGGAAACAAUGUUCUUUAUGAUUGGACGUCUCAUCACUUAUUAGACAGAUCUGAAGACUGCACUACUUUAUUGAAAUACCUGCCUUGUAUAGUGCGUAUAUAUAUAUUUACCUAUAUCCUCUAUGUAUUUACUUAUAUCCUGUAUAUAUUUACUUAUAUCCUGCCUAUCAUGUAGCUGACUCCAGCAGGUUCAGGUUGACUGCAAUAUGCAAAAGCAUCCUCUUCAUGACAACUUUCUAACAUUGUUGCUCAGAAUGUAUAUACAGCUUUAACUUGAAUACAUAGAGCUUUAACCUUUUCUUUUGUAAUGUGCAUUUAAACUGAAAUGUAGUCAUACUGUUUUAUUUUUGUCUAUUACAAUUGGCUGUUACAGCUGGCUGAUAUUUAUCACUCUGUCACCCAGAUGUUCACCUUGAGGAAUUUCUGGAAAUUGUUCUAACUAAAUAAAAUUAAUUUAAAUGUU